UUUGUAUCUGCAUACGAAGAAGUACUCACACCUCCCUCCCGUUUUUAAUCCCUCAAAUUAUUACGCAGAUUUUGCAACUAAUCCCAACUUUUUUUCCCUACAUAUGCCAAUUAAGUGCACACUUUUAAUCCCCAAGCCAUCACAACAACCUUGACUUUAGUCCCAUGCCAAUUUGCAUUCUAAGAAAGAACACCUUUUCCUUCGUACCACGAAUCAGCAAGUCUCGAUUUGUCUGUCUGCAUACUCAUCCACUCUUGUUAAUAAGAUCCCCUUGGAUUUUUUAGUGUCAUCUCGUCCACCAGUCAGUCAGUCACUAAUACCAAGUUGGAUUUACACUACAAGUACUACCGCAGUGGGCGAAGGUGUACUAAUAACACGGCAAUUUAAUAUUCCUCUUCUACUUCUGAAAUCAUCUCCGUCAGUCAGUUGCUAGCUGGCUUCUUGGCGUUGCGUUCUUCACCAUAACCUUUACCAGAAGUUUGAGAAGAUUUCGCCAAAAAAUUUCUCUCUCCAAAAAAUCCUUUAGCCAACCAACCAACCAACCAACCGAGCAGCAACAAACAAAGGAAGAAAAACCAAUCAUUUAUCGAAUCGAGGAGUGAAGUUAUAUGUAACAGAGAUAUAACAUCACAUCACAACCAAGAUUCGCAAAUAAUCGAGACAAGAAUCUUCCGUAGCUCUCUCUUUAUUAUUAUUAUACUACAUACUUUGCAAGUAUUUAGUAUUCCGUUUUAGUUACCACCACCACCUUAUACUUACCGUCGUGGUUUGGUUACAUAUAGUGGGAUAACUUUUGACCGUGUGUAAGUAAGGUUGGAUCAGUUAGUCGAUCCAUAUCAAGUUUCAAACUUAUUUUGCACACGAUUCUGCACUACCCAGAAGAGCAGCAAAGUUCACUUUUACUAUCGAUCAAGAAAACUUGAACAGAUCAAGUGCAGUUAAAAAAUUGUGCAUUUGUUUUAUUUACGACUUUUUUGUGCCGUGCAUAAGAGUGUGGAAUAAAAAUAAUAAUUUUCCGCAUUAUUAAUUAUUUCGUGGAACGGAACUUGAGUUGGAAAUUCCAACUUGGAAUUAUUGCAAAGAUUUAAAAUAUUAAUAAGUUUCUAACUCGUGGAAUAAUUGUACCGUGAGAUUUUUCUUGGAGCAAAUUGGAGCAGGGCUGAAAUAAAAUUAUUUAUAUUCGUGUCUUUACUCUUUGUUGCUGACGUAUGUAAAAUGGGAAGUUGUCGGAACAAGAGGUCUUCUGAAGUGGAGUGUUUGAAGGCACUCAAGAAGCUGAAGGAAGGAGAUGAAAAACUGAGAGGAUGUCAGCUAUCAGACGAAUUCCUUUUAAGGUUCGUCCGUGGAAAAAAUUGCGAUUCAAAGUCUGCCUUUGAAACGCUAAAGAAUUAUGCUCACAUCCGUCGAGACAAGUAUCGUCACCUAUUUGCUAAUUAUCACCCCUCCACGGUUCGUCAUGUCUUUGAUUCUGGUAUGAUCAGGGUCCUCAAACACAGGGAUGACUUUGGACGACCAGUGUUCGUCAUGAGGACGGACAGUUGGGACGUCACGGAAAUUUCGAUAAACGACAUUCUGAUAACCACCCUGCUAAUUUUGGAGGAAUUAUUAUAUUCCAAAGAAACCCAGGAAAAAGGCGUCGUUAUCAUUAGGGAUUACGAUAAGUUUGGCUUAUCUCACAUGCGACUUUGCACAUUGGGGGAAAUCAAGAAGGCGUGUACCAUUUUUGUGAAUAGCUUCCCAUGCAAGUACAAAGCAGCUCAUAUAAUCCGGAACUCGUACUUUUUCCAUUGUCUUCUCAGCAUGGCGAAGCCCUUUAUGCCGAGUAAACUUAGGGAUCGAUUUUUUGUCCACGGGUGGAACAUGGACUCUUUAUACGCACACGUGUCGCCAGACGUUCUUCCGGAAUUCUUGGGUGGUCGAUUAUCCGAGGAGGACGCUUGGGACACCUCCCUUGAAGAACGUAUAUUUAAGAAUGACGAAAAUUUUAGAAAUGUCAAUUCCAAUUUUAUUACGGGUGGCAGUUUGUGAUGCAUGGGUUGAAAAUAAGAUGAAAAAGUAUAUGCUAUUUGUGAUCAUGUUUUUAUAUAACACUAAAAA